AUGGCUUCUCAGGAUGGCGUUCCCCGGAGCGGGCAAAAUGAUAGUGACAUGGAUGCUUCGAAUGCCAAAUCGUCGGUAGCUGCGGCGACGAGUUCAAGAGCUACUAGUGAAAGCCACCUUCCGACCAAUGCUGGAGACAACACCGCCCGUCUUAUGUCCGACUUGCAGACUGGAAAUCUAGAAAAGCGUCCAGAGAACCCGACAGAGGCUGCCAUGGGCGUAAAAUCCGGAGCGGAUCUCCUGCGUCGUUUGAGCCUUGUAUAUUCUUCAAAACCUUCAGCCCCUUCGAUUGAUCCCCAAGCAGCACAUCCAGGUCUCCGUUUGACGGGAAGAAUCAUUAGUGCAGCUUUUUGCAUUCCGUACAAGCUCGUAAUUCACCCUGGUGAAGAUUGGGAACUCAACCACCGUCCAGGCACUUCUGCCUUGUUUGAUUCAUUUUCCUUCCUUGCGUCUCCCAACACCCAAUGGGAUCACACUUUGGUGGGUUGGACUGGUGAGAUCGAACGAAUUCAACAAACUGAUACAUCACGAUCAAAUACCCCUGGCCAGCCACUACCCGCUCAAACCGUCUCUCCGCCACAGAGCAAAGCUUCGGCACCUGUCCCAAUCGACCCUUCCGAGAAGCCAAGUUACAUCGUUCAGGAUAGAGUAUGUGUAUCAGAGCAGGAUCGGAUUCGCCUUGAGGAACAGCUAAACAACAGCAAGUUCGGAAAGGUGCUUCCGAUCUGGCUAACGGAUGAACAAGAUUCUCCGCAUGAACCAAUGCAUCUCAAGGACCAGGGGAGAUGGCGGCGAUAUGCUGAAAGAGAACUUUACCCUGUUCUCCAUUAUAAACAACAUGGCCCCAUUGAUGGCUGGUCUGAACAGAAAUGGUGGACGGACUAUGUAAGACUCAACAAGCGAUUCGCUGACCGCAUUUUGGAGACGUACACUCCUGGUGAUAUCAUUUGGAUUCAUGACUAUCAUCUGUUCCUUCUCCCGAGUAUUCUGCGCCAAAUGUUUCCGAACAUCUAUAUCGGUUUCUACCUCCAUACACCCUUUCCAAGCAGCGAAUUCAUGAGAUGCCUUUCGAAAAGGAAAAACAUCCUGACCGGCGUUCUUGGGGCAAACAUGAUAGGUUUUCAAACCUUUUCCUAUUCUCGACAUUUUGCUUCCUGCUGCACGAGAAUAUUAGGCUUUGAUUCAAAUUUCGCAGGAAUUGAUGCACAUGGUGCCCAUGUUGCGGUUGAUGUUUUCCCUAUUGGAAUUGACGUGGAUGUUGUACGAAAGCAAGCCUACGGCGAACCACAUAUUGCAGAAAUCGUCACCAAUAUCAAAAAGCAAUACCAGGGAAGAAGAAUUAUUAUCGGAAGAGACAGACUGGAUUCCGUGCGGGGAGUGACGCAAAAGCUGAUGGCAUUUGAAACGUUUCUUGAGCGAUACCCUCAGUGGCACAACAGGGUAGUUUUGAUCCAAGUAACAAGCCCGACAAGUGUAGAGGAGGAAAAGGAGGAAUCUGCAGCAAAAAUCUCAAGCCAAAUGUCGCAUCUUGUCUCUUCAAUCAACGGUCGAUUCGGAUCGCUUGGCUUCUCGCCUGUUCAACAUUACUCUCAGUAUCUUUGCCCGCAAGAAUAUUUUGGCCUUUUACGAGCCGCAGAUAUCGGCCUUAUCACUAGUGUUCGUGAUGGCAUGAACACAACCAGCCUCGAGUAUGUUGUUUGUCAGCACGAAAAUCACGGCCCAUUAAUCCUUUCGGAAUUCUCAGGUACGGCAGGUAGCCUAAGUAGCGCCAUUCACAUCAACCCCUGGGAUCUAGGGGGUGUGGCUGAUGCUAUCAACCAAGCACUUCUGAUGACUCCUGAGGAACGGGAAGCUCAGCACAAACAGCUUUAUAAGCACGUUACGACUCACACAGUAACCACAUGGUCCAACCAAUAUCUUAAACGGCUCCUAACUAACCUUUCCUCCUUCGACCAAUCCAUUGCAACUCCGGCCCUCGACAAAGCUAAAAUACUCUCACAAUAUCGAAAAUCGCGGCGACGGUUGUUUAUGUUCGACUACGAUGGCACCCUGACUCCUAUAGUGAAGGAUCCACAAGCUGCAAUCCCAUCUGACCGUGUACUCCGAACGAUCAAAACACUUGCCGCGGAUCCCAAGAACUCCGUCUGGAUCAUUAGCGGUCGGGACCAGGCAUUCCUUGACGAGUGGAUGGGUCACAUAUCUGAACUGGGCCUGAGUGCUGAACAUGGAUGCUUCAUCCGCCAACCCGGAAGCGAUGAUUGGGAAAACCUAACAGAAAAAUCUGAUAUGGGCUGGCAGAAUGAAGUGUUCGACAUUUUCCAACAUUACACCGAGCGCACACAAGGGUCGUUUAUUGAACGCAAACGGGUCGCUUUAACUUGGCACUUUCGCAGGGCUGAUCCAGAAUACGGCGCUUUUCAGGCCAGAGAGUGCAGGCUGCAUCUUGAAAAUACGGUGGUGAAAAGAUGGCCAGUCGAGGUCUUGUCUGGCAAGGCGAAUCUGGAAGUCCGGCCGACAUUUGUCAAUAAGGGGUCCAUUACCACGCGUCUGGUGAAUGAGUUUAAAUACAAACUGGGCCAGGACCCAGAUUUUGUUCUAUGUUUAGGUGAUGAUUUCACUGAUGAAGACAUGUUUCGCGCGCUCAUCAGCAGCAACCUUCCGCGAGAACGGGUCUUUUCCGUUACUGUUGGUGCCAGCUCGAAACAGACACUUGCGACCUGGCAUCUGCUGGAGCCAGCAGAUGUCAUUAGUACGAUCGCCCUCUUAAAUAGCAAAGCAACUUCCAGUGACAUGGUCCGACAGUGA